UUUUUUGAGCUGAGAGUGUUUUGAAGAGAAUGAAAAAGAUGAAAUCCUACAAAACGAUCUGGCAACUGAUGGCCUACUGCUAUCUAUUGCAACUGACUGCAGGACUACCGUUCAGCUUCCCGGAGAGUGGUCGAAGUAGCAGUAGCAGCAACGGCAGCAGCAGAAGUAGUAGUGGUAGUGGCAGCACCAGAGAGAAUCUACCAUCCCGUGUAGCAUCCUCCCGCUCAGACACUGGUUCACGCCAAGAGGCGUUCGAAGGACGCAGCAUCCGGGGACAGCAACCAUCCGGUAACCGUUACCGAUUCCCGGAUAUCUACAGUCGCUAUCAGGUGCACGAAGACGAUCCGGAUCCACCGGGAGUGGUCAAUCGAAGAACGACAUUGGGCCCUUUUCUGCAACGACCAGUGACGUCGGGGGCGUCGUCGGGUGGUAUCACACCGCCACCCCCACUCUACACAACCAGAUCCGAUCGUCCAAAUGCGGCGUUCAAUCGACUUCCACCGGUAAAAAAUGAUGAACCAAUCCAGGCAGAAGCAUCCGACGAUUACGAAGAUGAUGAUGAAGAUGAUGAUGACGAUGUGGGUGAAGAAGCACAACCGGAUAAGCCGGUGGUCGCAUCGGCCCCACUGUACAAUCCCGCUAGCGGUAUCCGCCCCGGAACAUCGUCCUCCAACACGGUUAACAAUCUGUUUUACGGCUUCGGUGACAAGUUUGGCGGAUUGUUCGGUGAAAACCGUCACAAGUUCAAGUAUAAGCGUCGGAAACCCGGACAACCUUGCAUCCCGUACAGUCUUUUCCAUAAGCUGAAGUACGGACGGGAUCUGCAGGGUAAUCCGGUCGAUCCGAAGACACUCCUGCCGAAUCUGAAUCUUAUACUGGCCGAUUUGAAUUACUACGCUCCGAACAACAAUCUGUACGGCAGCGGAGAUCAUGCAAGCGACGGAGUGGGUGGUGGAGGAGCAGUGUUUAACAACCAUUUCUACGACGCCGUCGGGGGUUAUCCUUGCCAAGGGGUGAACUUUGGUGGAGGGAAUAGACCGUUCCAACCGUUUAAACCCCACCGACCACACGGUGGACCGUUGGGUUUCUUUGGUCAGGGUGGUCUGUUCGAUUGGGUCUCAUCGGCGGAUGCCAUUCAGAGUGACGAAGGAGUCGGUGAUGGUUCGAGUGGCACAGGAAGUGGCAAUCGUCCUGCCGUGGUGUUCAAUCUCAACGAUGCCAUCGAUACUGUGGCCACCAAUUGGCGACCGGGCGAAAGCUUCCAGAAGGUGAUGGGAGUGAUAGCGGAUUUUAUUACUCAAGUAGCGGGCGGUGCUGUGGCGCCCGUCGCUGAUGUUGCAACGGAUGUGCGCACCAUCAAUCGAGAGUUCUUUAGUCUCUUCGGGUAGCGGUCUACCUCAGGUGGAAGUAGGAAAACGGAAUUCCA